UGAAGACCAUUUCAAUCUCCCGUAUCUCAUAUUUUUCAUCAAGAGACAUGAGUGAACAGAAGCGUACUCCCCGAUUGAAUGAAAGGAUCCUGUCUUCUUUAUCAAGGAGAUCCGCUGCUGCUCAUCCUUGGCAUGAUCUUGAGAUUGGACCCGGAGCUCCCCAAGUUGUCAAUGUGGUGAUUGAGAUCACAAAAGGAAGCAAAGUGAAAUAUGAACUCGACAAGAAAACUGGACUCAUUAAGGUUGAUCGCAUCUUGUAUUCAUCUGUGGUCUACCCUCAUAACUACGGAUUCAUUCCGCGCACGUUAUGUGAAGAUAAUGACCCUAUGGAUGUACUAGUCCUCAUGCAGGAACCUGUGCUGCCUGGAUGUUUUCUUAGGGCAAGGGCCAUAGGACUGAUGCCCAUGAUUGACCAGGGCGAAAAAGAUGACAAGAUUAUUGCAGUAUGUGCUGAUGAUCCAGAAUACCGCCACUACACUGAUAUAAGCCAGUUACCCCCUCAUCGUCUGGCUGAGAUUCGUCGAUUCUUUGAGGACUACAAGAAGAACGAGAACAAGGAGGUAGCUGUUGAUGAGUUUCUGCCUUCAAAAACUGCUCAUGAGGCCAUCCAAUACUCAAUGGAUCUUUAUGGUGAGUACAUCAUGCAAACUUUGAGGAAUUAAAAAGCCAGAUAUUGGCAUUUUACACUUCUGCUGCUGGUUGGCCUGAUUUUUAUAUGAUAACAACUUUACUAUAACAUCUAUACAAUCAAAGUUUACCGAUUUUCUCAUUUAUGGAGAUGAUAAAAGAACGUGUCCUUUAAUUCAUAUUUACUCUUAUUAAUGGUAUUGUGAUUUGGCAUCAAACGAUUCUUGUAUCUUCCAAUGUAGUGUUCGUUUUCCAUUCA